AUGCAGCAAAAUAAGACUGAGUUCAUUCUCCUAGGAUUGACACAAGAUCCUCUGAGGCAGAAAAUGGUGUUUAUAAUUUUCUUUAUUUUCUACACUGGAACACUGGUGGGAAACUUGCUCAUUAUUUUGACCAUCAAGUUGAGUCGGACACUUGGGAGUCCCAUGUACUUCUUCCUAUUUUAUUUGUCCAUUGCUGAUACCUGCUUUUCAACUUCCACAACCCCCAGACUAAUUGUAGGUUCUGUGUCUGCAAAGAAUGUUAUAUCCUAUAAUGAGUGCAUGACACAAGUCUUUGCACUGCAUUUAUUUGGCAGCAUGGGGAUCUUUGUUCUCAUCCUCAUGGCUGUUGAUCGCUAUGUGGCCAUCUGUAAGCCCUUGCAGUACCCCACCAUUAUGAGACGGCAGGUCUGCAUCAUCUUGAUUAUUGUAGCCUGGAUAGGGUCUUUUAUACAUUCUACAACUCAGAUUCUCCUGGCUUUGAAAUUGCCAUUCUGUGGACCAAAUUUGAUUGAUCAUUACUGUUGUGAUUUGCAGCCCUUGUUAAAACUUGCCUGCAUGGACACUUAUGUCAUCAACCUACUGUUGGUGUUCAAUAGUGGGGCCAUUUGCUCAAUUAGUUUCUUGCUUCUAAUGAUCUCAUAUUUUGUUAUCUUGCAUUCGCUGAGAAUAUUCAUGUACACACGUCCACCAACCACUUUCCCCAUGGACAAGAUGGUGACAGUAUUUUAUACCAUCGGGACACCCUUUCUCAACCCACUCAUCUACACACUCAGGAAUGCAGAAGUAAAAAAUGCCAUGAGAAAGCUAUGGAGUGUCAAAAUUACCUCAGAAAGCAAAUGA